AGAGUUGACCAUUGGAUUAUCACCUGUCAUGAGUUGGUCAUCACUUUGCCAUCGGCGGCUAGGACAGGUCAGUGUCCGGUCCAUAUUUGGUAGCCUGGAUAAUCAGGAGCGUUUCGUGAUCGAACAUUCUAAGUACUGCAAAGCUGCAGAUCCCUCGAGGACGGUACUUAGCUUCUGCUAGUCCCAUAGCAUAUAAGGCACUGAACGAAUGACUGAUCAAACAAUAAAUCGCGACUCCCCCGGCAAGCGGACUUGGGAGUGCGGCCCCGCUUCAGGUCUGGUGUACGGGGCGACAUACUUGACCUGCGAAGAUCUGUGGGGCACGAACUCCGGCUAGGCCUGGCUCUAGGGCCCAUGAUUGCUCCAAAAUGCCCGGAUGUAGACACCCGUAUUUGAGAGCACCGGGGAAACCUAAAACCUCGUCCUGCGCCUGCGUCUCUGUCCCCGCGCGGCCUGUCCCGCCCACCAGCUGCCUAUUGGUUUCUACUGACUGCCUCUCGGAAGGCCCGCCCUCUUAAAGGAGAAGAAAACCCCAGUAGUCCAGAACCUUAACUACCUGACUUUAUCACGCAACCAAUCACCAGCAGCGAUCUUUAGCCUUGUCCAAUGAGAUUGGGCACAGGGUCACGGCCCGCGGAGUUUGAUUUUCGUCCAGGAACGCGGAAGUAGUGAGCCUGUCCUGGAGAACAGCAGGUUGUGUGGGACACGGGAGGAGGCGGCAGCGCCUACCCUGGAGUUACCCCGGCUGAACGAGGGGCUCCAGGGCUCAGCCCCGGGUCAGUGGGGGCGUCGUUACCACCUGUGGCCUGCAAGCCGCGGCGCGCGGGCCGACACAGGUCUGAGCGUUCCUGGACACGUCUGAGCAGUUCUGGACCAGCACUAGCGCACGCCUGGCUUCGUCGACUGAGGAUUUCGAGGCAGGGUGCCUUAACGACCGCAUCUUGACGUUCCGGUGUUUGCUGGGAGGCUCGGCUUCGGAGGAAGGUAUUAAGAAACUGAUGAUGUUUUCUUGAAUUUGCUUCUGUAUUUGCUUCAUCAAUGUCUUUCAUACUGAAUAUUUUAAGAGAGAUGCUGGAAUAUUUUGGUGUUCCCAUGGACCAGGUUUUGCAUAUUUGGAUUAAUAAAGACUAUGGAUCAACUCGGAGUAUUGUUCGUAUUAUUGGGAAAAUUCUUCCUUUAGAACCUUGUCGCAGACCUAAUUUUGAGUUGAUCCCAAUCCUGAACUCUGUAGAAUCUGGUAACUGUGGAUCUGUAAUUCCAUCUUUUGCUGAUAUUUUGUGUGUGGCAAAUGAUGAAGAAGCCAGAUAUGUCAGAUUUCGAAAUGGUAUAUGGAAAAAUGAGGAAGAAGAGAAAAGUAAAUUUUUUCAUCCAGGGCAAGUAGUUUGGGAUCCAUUGUCACCUGCUCCAAGACAUAACAAACCAAUGAAAAAUGAUCAGCCUGUAAGUGAAGCUGCAAUUAAAAAAAUAGCUGCGCUUGAAGAUGAACUAACUUUUCUUCGCUCUCAGAUUGCUGCAAUUGUGCAAAUGCAGGAACUGAAAAACAGUACCAAUUCUGGCUCCUUUGACUUCAGUGAUGGGCCUGGUGAUUUGGGACAAAUGCCAUCAUCAGAGACUGCUCAACUGAGUGUCGGAUCAGAUCCAUUUUCAAGUUCAGGUCUCCCCUGUCCUCCUCCUCCACCUCCACUGCCCCCUCAGUUUUCUUCUCUGCAGCCUCUAUGGUCUCCUCUUGUACAACCAGGAUCUAAUAAUACUUGUGCCUCAGAUAAUUCAGCAACUGAAAUGAAAAAACAGCACCCAGGUGCUAGUAAGACCAAUUACAGUCGUCAUUCAAAAAACCAGAAAAACCAGGAUGUUCCAAACAUGUUGGAUGUUCUCAAGGAUAUGAAUAAGGUUAAACUUCGUGCUAUUGAACGGUCACCUGGAGGCAGACCCAUUCAUAAGAGGAAAAGACAGAAUUCACAAUGGGAUCCAGUGUCUUUAAUAUCCCAGGCACUUAAGCAGAAAUUUGCAUUUCAAGAUGAUGAUUCCUUUGAGAAAGAAAAUAGGUCUUGGGAGUCGUCUCCAUUUUCCAGUCCAGAAACUUCAAGGUUUGGACAUCACAUUCACAGUCAGAACUAAACGAAGAACUGGCAAACAAAAGGUGUGAACAAUCGAGCUGUGUCAACACUGUUACAAGGAAAGACUGUAGAAAUAUGCUGGCAUGCCUUUCAGUACAGCUUAAUCUUCUGUUAAUGAAGUUAAUCGAAGUCUGUACACUGGGGUGUAUUAGCGCAGAGGUCUGAAGAGGGUUGACUCUUAAGAAUACCUGUGUGGUUUUGGAAGAUCCAGCAACUGGAUCUGAUGAUACCGUGUUUCCCUGAAAAUAAGACCUAGUCGGACAAUCAGCUCUAGUGCGUCUUUU